UUUGAAAAACGUCAGAGAAGUCUCUAACUAACUACCUUAUAUAAAUUAUGAUGUACAGUAAGUGUUUUUCUUUGUUAUAUUUUUUGUCACAUGUGUCCAUUUAUUAGGUGAUCCAUAUAUUGAGAGAAUACAUCCACCAACAGCAAACUGCUGAUGUACCAACACAACCUGUCUUGGGUGCCAACGAAACAAGUUCAACUCUGUGUUCAAGAAUUGCUGGUACUCAACCUGGGGCCUCUGCAUAUGACAUAACUGCUUCACAGUUGCAUACCUUGUUUUCGUUAGGAUUUAGUGUUACGGAGAUUGCUAAAAGUAAAUUACUGGGUACAAGCUGUCGCCAAACUAUAUAUAACCAUAUGUCAAAACACAACAUUGCAAAAGUACGCCAGAGAUACACUAAUAUAUCUGAUGAAGAGCUGAGAGAUGUUGUAGCCGGCAUAAAUCUAGAAAAUCCUAACUCUGGUAGCGAAGAGGUUACUGCAAUCCUUCGUACACGACACCCACAAAUAAUUACCCAAAGAAAUCGAGUUCGAGCUGCUUUGAGAGAAGCUGAUCCUGUUGGAACAGCUUCACGUUGGUCAAGAGUUAUUCAACGCAGGCGGUAUUCCGUUCCUUCACCAAAUGCAGUGUGGCAUUUAGACACCAAUCAUGCAUUAAGAAGGUGGCGAUUUGUUGUCCGUGUAGGUAUUGAUGGGUUUUCAAGGCUUGUUACUUUCCCGAGAGCCUCAUCAAACAAUCGAGCCAAGACCAGUUUCGUGUGUUGCUGA